AUGACUGUUGGCCUGCUCACAAGAUGUUUUGAAAUACGCCGUAGAAUAACCGCCGCAGCAAUGGCCGAUAAAAGGGAUGUGCAUAUAUCAAAAUCACUGUCUUAUUUGCUGAGACAUGGUGCAAUAAAAGAGCGUCUGCCUAUCGACAGUAAUGGGUACGUUCCUCUGGGCAGGCUUCUUAACCACAAUAGACUUAAAACACACAGAUGCAGUGUGGAAGACAUUCAUCGAAUCGUUCAGAACAAUGAGAAAAAGAGGUUCCACUUGAAAUCGACAGUGAAUAAGAAUGGUGUAGCAGAGGAAUAUGUCUGUGCGACGCAGGGACACUCUAUUAAUGUUAUUACCCCAGAUCAAGAGGUGCUGAAGCAGAUAAAGGACACCUCGGAGCUACCAGAGAAAUUGGUGCACGGUACAAGCAUUACAAAGGCUCUGCUGAUCGUUCAAUCGGGCUUCAUAAGCAAACAAAGUAGAAACCAUAUCCAUCUAGCACCGGGCAUUACAGGCGUGGACUCUCAAGUCAUAAGUGGUAUGAGAAAUUCUAGUAAUGUUUAUAUCCAUUUGAACGUGCAUGAAACCCUUCUGGACAGUUUACAGCUUUACAAAUCUCUGAAUAACGUAUAUCUUACAUCAGAUGACAUACCACUCUCAUUAUUUGAAAAAGUGGUCAUUAAACCUCCAAAAAUGGACCACGAAGUAUCGAAAGACACUAAAGCUCUUCUGGAACUACUGUCGCGGAGUAAGGUACCUUACCAGCUAUUGGAUUGA